AUGUUCUCCAUCACUGCGGAGUACAACAGCGGCGCGCUCAGCUGCUUUUGCGACUUCAUGGGCUCCACGGAGCUCGAGUGCAACACCUUCGGCGGGCAGUGCCCGUGCAAGCCCAACGUGAUCGGGCGGACGUGCAGCGCGUGCAAGACCGGCUUCUACGGCUUUCCUAAUUGCAGGCCCUGCAAUUGCCCGCUAACCGCCAUUUGCGAUGACAAUGGUCAGUGCAUCUGCCCCAAAAAUGUUGAGGGUGACAACUGCGACAGGUGCAAACCGUAUACGUUCAACUUCGACGUGCAACGCGGUUGCGACGACUGCAACUGCAACCCGCUGGGAGUUGUUGGCAACCAGUUGCAAUGCGAAGAGGACAACGGAAGCUGCGACUGCAAAGAAAACGUGAUAGGCCGCACCUGCGAUCAUUGUGUGCCCGGUCAUUACGCGUUCCCGGAGUGCCUGCAAUGCACAUGCAGCCUAGACGGGACCACCGAGGAUGUUUGCGAUCAGAACACUGCCCAAUGCUACUGUAAGAAGCACGUAAGGGGACAGGCGUGUGACACGUGUAAAGAUGAAUACUUUAAUCUACAACCAGACAACCCGGAAGGCUGCACCAAAUGUUACUGCUUCGGGAAAACCACGAGGUGCACAAGUUCCUUCCUGACUUGGGCCGAGAUAAGCGGUAUGAGUGAUUGGUACCUGGUGAACAUCGAGAUGAACCGCACGCUGAACAUUUUCCCGCACACCAUCGCCCCCAGCAUAUUAAAUGACAGUGUUAUUGGCGCUGAACUCGUGAGCAGCGACGAACACGAUCAAAAAGUGGUCUACUUUGGUGCACCCGAGUAUUACCUGGGACAACGCCUCACAUCAUACGGAGGAUACUUGUCGUACACCGUCUUUUACACGACGAGAGACGAAGGCAACGCUGUCAUCGAAGCUGACGUAAUUAUUGGAGGCUCGAAUGGAUACAUCGUACACAACAGCGUAGAACAACCACCCUCCUUAACAAACUGGAGACACAGCGUAAGAAUCAGCGAGGACGAAUUCACGAACUUAGAUGGGUCAGCGGUCACCAGAGACCAGUUCAUGAAUAUCCUUAUCAACGUUACCAGCAUUUACAUCAGAGCCACAUAUUGGCACGAGGCCGUGACAACAAGGUUGAUGAGCGUGAGUCUGGACGUAGCUGUCGAGGAAUACACGACUGGUGGUAGACAAGCGUCUUCGGUGGAGGAUUGUCAAUGUCCGAAAGCUUACCGAGGACUAUCGUGCGAGCAGUGCGCUGAAGGCUAUUACCGGCUCAGCACUGGACCCCACGCGGGAUUCUGCGUGCCCUGCCAGUGUAACGGUCACUCCAAUGAGUGUGAUGUCAACACCGGUGUUUGUCUGGCAUGUACCGACUACACAAUGGGAGAUCACUGCGAGCAAUGCAUACCCGGCUACCACGGUGACGCAACAGUUGGAACUCCACACGACUGUCUUAUUUGCGCUUGCCCGAUGCCUUACCCUUCCAAUAACUUUGCCAUUGGGUGUGAUUUAAGUCAAAAUGGUUCCCUCAUUUCCUGCAUCUGUAAACCGGGCUACGGCGGUGCAAGAUGCGAAUAUUGCGCAGCCGGAUACUAUGGUAUUCCAGAAAACAUUGGGGAUUAUUGCAAGCCCUGCAACUGUUCGGGUAACAUUAACAUCGAAGAUCCAAGAUCUUGUGACAGCAUCACUGGAGACUGCCUCAAGUGCGUUAACAACACAGCUGGUGCCGCUUGCAAUCUUUGCGCCCCUGGUUUCUUUGGAGACGCCAUCUUUUCGAAGAACUGCACUGCGUGCGUGUGCGACGAGUUUGGUAUGGAGCGGUGCGACCCCACCACGGGCACGUGCGUGUGCAGCCGCGGGGUGAUAGGCGAGAAGUGCGACCGCUGCGAGCCUAACCACUGGGGCAUCAACAGCGGCCAGGGCUGCGAGCCAUGCGACUGCGCCCUCGCUUCCGAGUCCCCCCAGUGUGACGACAGCACGGGACAGUGCAGAUGCGCUAAAGGUGUUACUGGAAAACAUUGUGAUCAAUGUGCCGCUGGUUACUGGAACUACACAAAAGAGGGAUGCGAUCAUUGCAAUUGUAAUACUGGAUACUCGCUCGGGUUUAUGUGCAAUGCAACUGGUCAAUGCGAGUGUCUUCCUGGUGUCAUUGGCGAGAAAUGCGACCGUUGUCCGGAAAGAUGGGUUUUAAUCCCACAUGAGGGCUGCCUGGAGUGUGACUCCUGCACCGAUGCCUUGAUCUUCUCCGUAGAAGAUUUAAGUUACUUACUUGCUAAUGAGAGUUUGGAAUUCAAGGACAAGGCAGAUUCGUUUUUCACGACCCAACGCCUGAACUACAUAUCGAAUCAAACAGAACAGCUUAAGCCAAGAUUAACUGAAUUACGCAACGUGGAUUUAGUUGAAGUUACAUCUGCUGUUAAAUCCCUGGAGACAAGCGCCAAAAACUUACUGAGAUCUGCAGAGUUUGCGGCAACCGAUAGCGACAACCAGAUUAGUAGAGCUGCUUAUUUGGCUGCGGAUGCUGAAAAGGUACUUUUAUCAGUCCGUGACAAUGGACAGAAGGCUAUGGAAGUUGUGACUCACGUCAGUGAUUUGGCAACGGGGUUGGAACUAAGCCAGCAACCGAAAGUUGACAGCGCCUUAGCAGAAGCUCAACAGAUUAAGAACGAUAUUUCAGUUAAGAGUUUAAUUCCAAAGGAGCAGCAAGCAAUCAGCGCAAUAAAUAAUGCAACUAACCAAAUAGAACGAAUGAAUGUGUUUAUUCAACCCGUUAACGAACAAGCGAAGAAAUUCCAAAAAUUGGUAAACUCGACGAAAGAUCUCAAGGGAAAACUAGACGAAAUGUUGGAGUACACUGAUCUGGCACAGCACACAGCUGAUGCCGCUAAGACGCUAAAUGAUAAAAACAGGGAGUCGAAGUUCGGGAACAAAGUGCUGUCGGUAACAAAGCUAAAUGGCGCAGCAAUGAAAGACCUCAUCGACGCUGCUCUAGAUAUUAGCAACGCUACCUUUUUCAAUAUUUUAUCGAACGGAAUUGUAAACGAUACUUCCAAAACUUUAGAAGCCCUGAAUGAUGGAAACGGGGAAAUCGAGGAGCGAUUAGCUUUGUUAGCGGAAGCAUUGCCAGAACUAAGCAAUUUAACCGACGUAGCCUUACAUCACGUGAGAGGAUUAAGAAACAGGGCGGACAGUCUUCGGGCCCUGGCUGAAAGGGAGAACAACAAUACGCGCACACAACAUGCUUACAGUGCGGCAUCGGCUUACUCAUCCAUAGUACAAGAGAUACGCGACGCUAAAGACGCGGCCGACGAAGCUGAAGCAUGGGUGCAUAACGCUACAAGUAUAAAUAAUGUUCUUAACGAAAGCGUCACACCGGCGAAGAAUACGUCACAAGUAUUGUCUGAGCGGGCGUUAAAAGCACUACAAACUGUAGAACAACAGCUGAGGCCUAACCUAACUCAAGCGGAGCAAGCGCUGAAGAACGCCUGGACAACCUUAGGUGUUGCUGAUGACGAAGACAACGCUAUACAGCUAUCGCUGCCAACCACCACUCCAUCUUCCCUUGAAAAUGAAACCGAAAAGGCGGCCAAAGUAACAGAAACUGUUAAGUCCACUGUCAAGAUAAUGUCUCAACUUGGAAGCGAUAUUGCAGCUAGCAAAGAAUGGGCUCAAUCACUUCCAAAGGCUGCGAAUGAUGCCCAAAAGAUGACUUCCAACGUCGAUAACUUAGUAAACAGCAUUGGAGAUAUGGACCCUAAGAUUUCAUCACAAUACCGCGUGGUAAAAAUGAAGCAGGAGAGCCUUGAACAACGGCGCAAGGAAGCCGACGAUAAAUUGCAAAAGUUAAGGGAACUUGUUGAACAGGCACGUACAGUAGCCAAUCGAGUGCAAGUCGGAGUCACAUUCGAUCGCUGGUCGACUUUGCAACCGAGACUUCCUGACACUGUUGACGAAAUGUCCACCUCCACCCAUGUUUCUGCAUAUUUCCGCACAAAAGAGAAAAAUGGAUUCAUACUAUACCUGGGCAAUCCGAAAGAUACAAUGCUCAGGCGAACAAAAUCCGACGACUUCAUGGUGAUUGGCAUCCAAAAUGGUUAUCCAUAUCUUGUAAUGGAUAUUGGAGACAGUGCCGAAUCUGGACAGGAGCCAAAGAGAAUUGGAAAUGACAAAUUUGUCGCCGACAACAGAUGGUAUCAAGUUAUAGUUGAUAGAGUUGGGCGCAACGUUAAACUGUCUAUACGUGAAAGUCUGGACAACGGCACGGAUCACAUCCACUCUAAAGACUCCGCUCUACCUGGUCAACAUACCAUAUUCAAUCUGGAUAGACAAAAAUCGAAAUUGUACGUCGGAGGUGUUCCAUCAGAUGCGAAACUGCAGGGUGUUAGCUUCCCCGCUUUCGAGGGACAAAUAGAAGAACUCAUGAUAGGGGACACACCUGUAGGUCUUUGGAACUUCAAAAGUGCUGCAAAUCUGAAAGGAGCGAGGCAGAGGCUUGACGCUGGAAGGUAUUUGACAACGUGCUCUCUAAAAGUUGAUGGGGAAGUUCUCAAGACUGUAUCAACAUCAGAAGUUAAAGAAAUCCCCGAUCUGGACACUAUGAACUUCGGAGGCAACAACAAAGAUAUCAUACAAGUAACAAAUAAAGGAUUUGAUGGAUGCAUACGCCAAAUUAGUAUCGACGGCGUGAAUAUCGAUCUCAGUGAGAAUAUAGAAUCUGUGGGAGUAGCUUACGGUUGUCAGUUUGCCUCCCUGGUAUCUCUUUCGGGCGAAGACAGUUACCUGCGCUACGUGAAUAUAACAACAGAAAAUAUGCAACUAACACUGAAGUUCAAAACGUCAAAGCCGGAUGGUUUAAUUUUUGUUUACCUAAGCAGAACCCAAACCACGACUAUGUCAGACAGCGUAUCACUGUCCUUAAUCAAUGGUAAACUGGUGCUGAUGAGCCAAAGAGAACAACUCGACACAGGCUUGAGCACGUACAAUGAUUCGCAGUGGCAUGUCGUGACUGUCACACAUAACAAUCAAGCGCUAAGGCUUGUUGUCGAUGAUUUCGACUAUUUCAGCACCGACACAGCACCGGCUCCACUCCAUAUACUCGAUGGAGUUCUGUUCGUGGGUGGGGUGCAGCCCAGCUACGUCGUUGGUGGGAAGGUCGGCUCGAAAUCACCAUUCCAAGGCUGCAUAGCUGAUGCCACUUUGAACGGCAGGGUGCUCAACUUGCUGGAGCCUUUCAGCAAUAACAGUGUCACGUUUGGCAGGUGUGGCACUACUACCACCACAGGCGGAGUUCCUCCAGAUCAAGCUGCUUGGCCGGCACCUACACCGCCCGACGUGUUACCAACGCCAACGCGUUUACCAACUCUACCGCCUCUAGCCACACCUCCUCCAGACGUGGUUCCAAAUAAAGUGAAUGUGGACGAGAACGAAAUCUUCACCGUGCCACCUACGGAACCGCCAACAACAACAAUGGUACCGUUCAAGAUCACUUCCACCACAAUACGCCCAUCGACGACAACGCACCGACCCCCCCCACAACCAGAAUCUGGGUGUGCCCUCGCAUACGAUCCCCAGUACGGGAUAGGGGAUCCAUCUGAAGGAUACAGAUUCGGCACACGAAACGACAGCCGAAUAGAAUACUCCAAGCUACCCGGCAGACAACUGGAAGGAUUCGACUUUACAAUCACGUUCCGUACAUUUGACCAACACGGUGGUCUUAUCUUCUACGCAGAAGCUGAUAAGGCACCUGGCCAAUUUCUCGCCCUUUAUAUGAAGGACGCAAAGUUGCACUUCACCUUCAAUUGCGGAGGUGAGACCGCAUUCGUGCAGUCGACGCAAAUGUACAACGGCACCGAAUGGCACACUGUUACCCUGGUCAGAAAUGAAGGCCACGGUAAAUUAACCGUCGACUCUGAGCGCAUCGGGGAGGCUAGCGUCACGUGCAUUUCUCCAGCUGUUCUGACACCGCCGUUCUAUUACGGCGGCCUGGGAAAUGUUUCCUCCAGCGUGGGCCAGAACCUCAUGGAUUUCUACCAGCCCUUCAAGGGAUGCCUAAAAGGUUUGAUGAUGAACGGUCAGUACGUUACCGACGUACUGUAUCGCGUCAACUCUUUGCGUUGCACCGACAACAUUGAGCAUGGCGUGUAUUUCGGCCCAUCUAAUAACGCUCACAGCAAUUAUCUGAAGCUCCUCGAGAAAUUCAAAGUGGGCUUCGAGAUUUCGAUAUCAAUGGAAGUGAAGCCACGCAACUCUACGGGGCUGUUGUUCAGCGUGCACGGCAGGCGGGACUUCAUGAUCCUCGAGCUGCUAGAGAACGAAGUGGUUGCCAAUGUAGAGAACGGGAAAGGGCCCUUCCACGCCAGCUACAAGCUGGGCAACAAGUUUUCCCUGUGCGACGGAAAUUGGCACAAGAUUCAUGCUGUGAAAUCGCGGCACGUGGUGUCCGUCGGCGUGGACGGCCACUUCUCCGACGCGGGCCUGGGCCAGUCCGGGUCCACGGACACGCGCUCCGCGCUGUACAUCGGCGGCCACGAGCGGCCCAUCUCGCGGGUGCCGGGCGUGCGCUCCCGGCGCGGCUUCACCGGCUGCAUCAGGAACAUCGUGAUAAGGGAGACCACCGUUCAGAUACCGCUGACCGCCGCCGGCCGCAACACCCACGUGGGCGUCUGUCCGACGGAC